GUUACAGGUGUGGAGGGUCGGCAGCUCAUUUCCGGUGAAAAUCGGAACCUGUACUACAAAUAUGGCAAUAUUCUCCACGGCACCCCGUUAAAUUGACGGUGAUGCGUUCAAGUGUUGGCGGCAAUCGCAGCCCCCACACGCGCCACCGCUCCGUCCGUUCACAUUUAAAACCAGUAUAUCUUUACCAAACACGUGAUUAUCAGAAACCUGCGGUUUGUCCUGUUUUAUUGCGGAGCUUGCUUUGAAAAAAAUGAAUGUUGCUCCCUCCGUUGCGUUUGCUACAACCCGAUGACUUCAACCAACAAUCUGCACGUGAAGGCAGCACGGUUUAAAGCAAAGAGCCCAUUUAAAAUAAAUCGAAACUGAAAGGAGGGGUGACAUCACGUUACAUCAUCGCUCCGUUCAUAAACCGACCGUCAAGCUGCGCUGCUGCUUCACUGCACGAGUCACCAAGCAGCUGCAGACACCUGCAGAGCCUUCACGCACAGACCCACGUGGUGCACGCUCCACAGGUGUGUCACUGACUUCUGUCUGUUAGCACAGUCUAGAUCAGAGUAGGGAUUCCUUCUGUAGCCAGAGAAGAUCCACAUCUGCAGGAUGUCAGAUAUGCAUGCGUUGAUCAUGAUGGACUCCAGCAGCCCUGACUUUCUCUCAGCUGAAGAUAGUCUCAGCAGCACAUCUGGGAUGGAGAAGGACCGCAAACCCCGAAAGACUGUCCAAAGAGUGACCAAACGGCGAGAGAAGAACAGGGAUGCAGCGAGGAAGAGCCGCAGGAAACAAACUGAAAGAGCCGACGAGCUUCACGAGGAGCUUCAAGAUCUUGAGCAAUCAAACUCUGCAUUUCUGAAGGAAAUCGCUGAACUGAAGAAAGACCUCCUCUUCUACCAGAUGACCCUGGAGCGCCACAAGCCUUACUGCUGCCUCAGAGCCUCCGGCUCGUCCAGCCCCUCCAGCUGCUGCUCGAGGUCGCCAAACUACCAUCAAGCCAACUCCAGCCCUUUGCAGGCCUCCAACUCUCCUUCUCCCUUUGACCUCACUGUUAGGACUCCCUCUCCUCCAGCUCCUUCAUCCACCCCAGCAGCAGUUAACAUCCUCAAAACCUCCUCCCCCUCCCCCUCCUCUCCCAGCCCAGUGAUGGUGUGUAACCCGGCUGGUGUCUCCACAUGGGGAGCUUCUCUGUCUGGCUUUAGCAAACUACCUCUGGCCCCGUUGAAUCUAUCCAGCAAGGUGUCUGCCGCCCCAAGCCCGAUUCCCCACACAGCCGCUCAGUCUCCGGACAUGUCCUCGCCGAUUGAAAGUUUCACAGACUACGUUUUAGCAAAGCUGGAUGCUUCUCUGGCUGCAGCUCCAAAAACACAGGUCCCCAUAGCGUGCAUGGAGGCCAAGAACACGCGAGCUGUAAAACAAGAUUUUUCCAUGAGCCAUCCGCGUGCGCUCAGUGGAAACCCGAGCAGCUUGAGUUGGCCAUAUGGACUUAUUCCGGCAUCUUACCAAGCUUCUCCGGCUCUCACAGCUUCCGGACAAACUCUCCAAACUUCUCUGCCUCCUGUUGGGUGGAAGCAAAACCAACAAGCGUCCUUCAGGGCAAAAUCGCUGCACUCUCUGCUCACUGGGCCCAGUCCUCUCGAUAUCUAUCAAGCUUGCUCCAGCAUCCCUAAUUUAUCUUUUUCCCAAACUCAAGCAACUGUGCCAGAUACGUCACAAGAUGUGUCGUUGUCUGAGUUGUUGGAGUUUAACGACUGGAUCCUGAGCGGGCCAGCGGAGAAAUAAAAGAGACAGGACGUCAAGUCAGAAUGCAUCAAAAACUGUUGAACAAACUGUGAACUGAACGCACCGCCACAGCGUAGCUAUUUUUUAAAUAAGGAGUCAGCAAUAGUGCUUUUUAAAAAACAAACAAACAAAGGCUGGCUCCUCUCAAACUGCACAAUCAAAGCCCUUCUCCGCACAAACCAAGACUUUCUGCUGCUUCUUAGCUCAAACGACGGCUUUGGAUGAUUGACCUUCUCCAAGACGACAGAUAUUGACACUUCGGAUUCGGUUUCCAUGUGCAUCACAACACAACCAUGAAUUCUCAGAUGGCAAAUGGCCACGAGGGUAAAAUACUCAUAUGCUUGUGAGUUGAGUUGGUGUUUAUUUGGCACCAUUUGUAAAAUAAAUAAAUAAAUAAAUACACAAAAUUAAAAAAAAGAAGUAAAACUGGUUCAGGGUGUUAUGACCCUAUGGCAUGUUGAGUGCCAAGCCCAAAUCUCACCAUGACUCAUUUGGUUUCUGAAUUGCUGAUGUUGCAAAUCCUGUAACAUUAAAUGUGUAAAAAGCAAAAAGACAUUUAGCCUGAGAAGCAGCAAGACGGCAAAUAAGAAGGAUCAUAGUUUAAGGGAUUCACCUUUGAUUUUGUUUCAAAUUAAAUACAUUUUUACAAACAUUCUUUCUUUUAAGGGCUUGAGAUGGUGUUAGCUACAUAUAUCAAAUCCCCUCCAAAAUCCCUAUUCAUAAAUAGUAAAGCUCUUGUUUUGCUCUUUUUGGGUGAAUCUUUUUUUAAAUUUCUUCUCCCGGGUGAUGAGAAUGGAAUCAUAUUUUUUAUGUUAAAAACUUUACUGUGCAUCAUGACUUUAUGUAAAUUAUUUUGGGUCUUAUUUGACUGUGUGGAAGCAGCAAUCACAUGAGGCCUUGUGGUGUAUGAUUCCGCGUGUGUCUUGGGUUGGACGGUUUAUUUCGAUUCAGUACGGACAUUUUUUUGCACACUUUCACAUUGAAAUUAAACUAAAAAAUAAAAUUUUGUAACCAAA